GAGGGAGGAAGAGAGACAGAGAAGAGGAGGAAAGGAAUGAAGGAGGGAGAGAGGCAGAGAGAAAAUAUGGAAGGAGACAGAGAGAGAGGGAGAGAGACAGAAGAAAGGAAGGAAGAGAGACAAAGAAGAGAAGGAGGAAGGGAAGGAGAGAGGGAGAAAGACAGAAGAGAUGGAGGAAGAAAGAAAGAGAGAAGAGAGGGAGGAAGGAAAGGAGGGGGAGAGAGACAGACAAAAGAUAGAGGAAGAAAGAAAGAGAGAAGAGAGGGAGGAAGGAAAGGAGGGGGAGAGAGACAGACAAAAGAUGGAAGGAGACAAAGAGGGAGAGACAAAGAGGAGGGAGGGAGGAAAAGAAGAAGGAAGCAUCUAUUAUUGUUAUUCUUUUAACCUAUUAUGUUUUUUUGCACUGUGCUAAGCCCUUUACAAAUAUUAUCCCAUUUGAUAUUCUUAACAACCCUGGGAAGUAGAUGCUAUUAUUAUACUCAUUUUAUAGUUGAGGAGACUGAGACUGAGCGAGGUUAAAUGACUUGCCCAGAUUCACAGAGCUAAUAAGUAUCUGAGACCAAUUUGAACUUGGGUCUUUCUGACUCUAACAUGGAAGGGACAGAGAUCAGUAAUUUAAAAUAAGGCAGAAGAAUAGAAUAGCAACGUUCUGUGGGAGACCUUGAAUGCCAGGCGAAGGAGGUUCUAGCUUACCUAGCUGGCUGAAACUUGGGUGCUGGGUUCCUUGUUUUGCUCGUUCUAAGGGGCUCUCUGCAGGUAUCUGGUGGCUGCUAGGGUGCCCUCAGGCCGGUGGGAGUCACAAGUGCUCCUCACAGAAUGGGUUGAAACCGGUGUUUGCACAGAUGCUUGUGUGGAAGUUGAGAGUUGUUAUCCUUGAGCAAGGGCACCGUGACACAGGCUGUUAGAGCCGCUGCCGCCGCCUGACAUCUGUCAGCACAUUCCAGGCGUCGAACGAGUUUGGCGAAGAAAGCUCAGGCUGGAGUGCGGGCUGGAGUCCCUGUCUCAGGCUCUUUGGGCUACACGUCUGUUUAUUAGUCUCCUUCCCUUUGCCUCCUGGAGAGUUUGAGUGUUAUUGAGGUUAUUUUUUAAUUAAAAAAAAAAAGCCACUGAGGGGAGAGGGAGAGCGAGCGAUCGAAGAGGCCACAAUUCAGAUGCUUCUGGGACUAAUCGCCUUUACCCUGGGAUCUGGGAGAUCAGAGCCACAAUCAGCAGACCACAGCCUUUAGGCAUCCUGUGACCGGACAAUUUUCUCCAGAAAAUAUUGAAUUCAUUCUUCAUGAGGGGCUGAAUUCCCAUAUGUCAAAGCAAGAGUUUAUGAACCAGAGACCCUCCAGUAUGGUCAGUGAAACAUCCACAAUUGGAACUACAUCCACUCUAGACAUGAAAUCAGGACCAAGGGUUAUCAAAACUAGCAAAAUUCACAGCUUUGGAAAGAGGGACCAGGCUAUCCGAAGGAACCCCAAUGUCCCUGUGGUGGUGAGAGGCUGGUUGCACAAACAGGAUAGCUCUGGGAUGCGGUUAUGGAAGAGAAGAUGGUUCGUGCUCGCUGAUUACUGUUUGUUUUACUAUAAAGACAGUCGAGAAGAAGCUGUCCUUGGGAGCAUCCCACUGCCCAGCUAUGUGAUCUCUCCUGUCGGGCCUGAAGACCGUAUAAAUCGCAAGUAUUCCUUUAAGGCUGUCCACAAUGGCAUGCGGGCCCUCAUCUACAACAGCUCUGGCAUCGACUUCCCAGCGGAGCACUCGGGGAUGAGAACUUACUACUUCAGUGCUGACACGCUAGAAGAUAUGAAUGGCUGGAUCAGAGCCAUGAACCAGGCUGCCCAGCUGAAGUCUCGCUCAUCACUGAAGCGGGAUGCCGAGAGGACAGAGCGGCAAGCUGUCCCACAAGCCAACCAUACAGACUCCUGUCGGGAGUGUGGCCGCCUGGGCCCUGGACAUGCCAGGGACUGCUCCCAGCGAGCCCACAAUGAUGCCUUUGGCUUUGACAGGCCCGAGCAAGACGAGGAGGAACGCUACGGCUUCCAAAGGGACCCUCUGGAGGGGAAGAGGGAAAGGGGGAAGUCUAAGCCCCCCUACCCAGCCCCUGAGGCAGACUCCUUCUUUGUGGACUUACCCAGUGGUCCCAGGGCUCAGUCAGCCCAGCCUCAGCUAAUGGAGAGGAACGGUGUGCUGGCCGGUUCCUUUGGUGGGGGCGCUGGGCUUGGGGAGCAAAAUGGUACUGGUGGGUAUAAGAGGGUAUUCCCUCCCCCAACCAACCCCGAAAAGCAUGCCCAGAGGAGGAGUAACAUGGCGCAGGUGGAGAACUGGGUGAAGGUUCAGAAAGGAGACGACAAAAGAAUUUCAGAACUUGAGGGACUUAAGAGGUCAGUUAGUUUAACCUCCCACACCACGCGGCUUCCUCAAGGAGGUGGUCAUUUAGCUUCUGCCCAUGCAUCGCCUGACACAUGCCUUGUCUCAGACCACAUCCGCUCUCUCCAGGGUAAUAGCCAGUCCUUCCCAGUCUCCUUCCCAGACAACUACCAGACGUUGCCCAGGAACGCCCGGCUUUCCUCGGGAAGUUCCCCACCUCCUCUCCGCAACUUACCCAGUGAUUACAAGUAUGCCCAGGACCGAGCCAGCCACCUGAAGAUGUCCAAUGAGGAGCGCCGGGCACACCGGGAUGGCACCGUCUGGCAGCUGUAUGAAUGGCAGCAGAGGCAGCAGUUUAAACAUGGGAAUCCCACAGCCCCCAUCUAUGCAGGCUCCCCAGAGUUCGCUGACCAGGGCCGGAGCAAGAGCAUGUUGGAGGUGCCACGAUCCAUCUCCGUCCCGCCAUCUCCAACUGACCUCCCUCCGCUGGGUCCGCCACGGCUCUUUCCCACACGGAGGCCACACACGCCAGCAGAGCGGGUCACUGUGAAACCACUGGAGCAGAGACGGAGUGUGGACAUUUCCCUAGGAGGGUCCCCCAGGAAGGCCCGGGGCCACACUCUCAAGAACUCAUCUCAUGUGGACAGACGCUCCAUGCCAUCCAUGGGGUAUAUGACACACACUGUUAGUGCUCCCAGUUUACAUGGAAAGUCGCCUGAAGAGUUAACAUUACUUCUCAUUCGAUUAAGGAGACAUCAGGCUAAGUUGGCUAGUGUGCGAAAUUAUACAAUCGCCCAAUUACUGCAACAUGAGCCAACAAUUCCCACCUACCAGGCUGAUGACACUUACCUUCAACUGAAGAAAGACCUGGAGUAUCUGGACCUAAAGAUGACCCGUGACACUCUCAAGGACAGAAGCCUGAAGCCUGUGAAAGUAGCUGAGAGUGAUAUUGAUGUAAAAUUAAGCAUACUCUGUGAACAAGACAGGAUCCUGCAGGAUUUGGAAGACAAGAUAAGAGCCCUCAAGGAGAACAAAGACCAGCUAGAGUCAGUCCUGGAGGUCUUGCACAGACAGAUGGAACAGUACAAAGACCAGCCCCAGCAUGCAGAGAAGAUUUCUUACCAACAAAGACUGCUGCAAGAGGAUCUCGUUCACAUACGAGCGGAGAUAUCCAAACUAUCAACAGAAAUGGAAAAUGCCUGGAAUGAAUACCUGAAGCUGGAAAAUGAUGUCAAUCAGCUGAAACAAAGUUUACAGCGGCAGAGCCGAAGAUCCUUCUUUCUGCCUCAGGAGAGAACUCAGAUCCAGAAGGAUCUUUGGAGGAUUGAAGAUGUCACUGCUGGCCUGAGUACAAAUAAAGCAAACUUCAAAAUCUUAGUGGAGUCUUUCAAGAAUCCAGAAAGAAAAACAGUGCCUUUCUUUCCUCACACCCCCGUGCCUUCAGUCUUGAAGUCUCUCGGCACUUCGGAGAGCAAACGCCUCCCUCAGUCCAGCCCUCCAAGCAGUCCUCCAUGGACCAGCCCUGCAAAGACGCCCCUGGAGGUUCGCCUCUUUCCCCAGCUGCAGACAUACGUGCCCUACAGAACCCAUCCACUACAGCUGAGAAAAGUGACCUCUCCUGCCCAGUCCCCCACCAAGCUGACGCCAAAGGCUGUUCAGGAAGAUGAGGCACCACCCCGACCUCCACUCCCUGAGCAAUACAGCCCCGAGGACCCACCUCCAGCCGUGCCUCCUCUUCCUCGUGAAGCCACCGUCAUCCGCCACACCUCGGUGAGAGGCCUCAAGCGGCAGUCUGACGAGAGGAAGAGAGACCGGGAGCUGGGGCAGUGCGUGAACGGGGAUUCCAAGGUUGAGCUUCGUUCGUAUAUGAGUGAGCCAGAGCUGGCAUCCCUCAGUGGUGACCUGAAUCAGCCCUCGCUUGGAUUUGUGGGCCCCGACAGCGGCUACCAGACACUGCCUGGGCGAGGUUUUUCCGGCUCCACCUCCAGACUCCAGCAAGCAUCUACCAUUCCUUCCUACGUUACACUCAGGAGGGGAUUCAAUGCAGAUGGCUCAAAGAGACCCAAGAGUGCCUUGGAACGCCUGUACUCCGGAGACCACCUGAGGGGCAAGAUGAGUGCUGAGGAGCAGCUGGAGCGAAUGAAGCGUCACCAGAAGGCCCUCGUCAGAGAACGCAAGAGGAAUCUGAGCCAAGGCGAGAAACAGAACAUGUCGUCAUCCCACUCCUUCAGCCGACCCAGCCCUGGAGACCUCAGCUCUUGGAAGCGAGAACAGGAUUUUGAUUUGCAAUUGCUUGAGAGAGCCAUGCAAGGAGGGGAGAAAGAUGAGGAUGGAUGGCUGAAAGUACAGGCUACUCCCGUGACUGAAAUGGACCUAGAACCUCAAGACUAUGACAUAGACAUCAGCAGAGAGCUGUCCAAGCCAGAUAAGGUGUCCAUCCCUGAACGCUAUGUGGACUUGGAGCCCGAGGAGCCGCUCAGCCUGGAAGAGUUAGAGGCAAGGUUCCGUAAAGCCGAGAAGAUCCGAAACCUUCUCACCCGUUCGAGCAUGCACAACCUCCAGCCUCCGACCACCCAGGACAAACACCGCUCGGCCGACCUGGACUCUCAGCUUCAGGAACAAGAACGGAUCUUCCACAUCUCCCACACGCUGGCAUCUGAAGCCUCCCAGCGGAGCAAGCAGGUGGCAGCUCAACAAUCAGCCUUGCUGUCCAAGGGCCUCCCCUCACCUUCUGUACCACAGCCCCCCUUAAGCAAUGGAUUUCACUACACGUUUGUCUAAGCACCUUCCACCCCAAGCAGUAACUGACCAGUGAUCCGUGUCCCGAGGAGACGCCUGGAGUUGACUUCGUUGGAAAAGACCAUUUCCCUCCCUGAAAGGAAAUUCUAAGAGCCCAGGGAGAGGUUUUCUGAAGGGGGUGGUGGGAAAGGGACACCCCGAUCCCCCCAACUAUCCUGUGAAUGAGUCCUGUAGGCUAGUUCCCAACACACACAUCCCACUUCUAUUUUAGUUAUGACUUUUAUAUAUGUAUAAAAAGGCACUUUUAAUACAUGGUGUAAAAUACUGACACUGUAUUUUAGAAACGAUAUAUUUUUAAACAAUCUCAAGGGCUGAGUGGAUGGAAAGGUAUUUAUACAGGUGUGGCAGGGUUAGGGGGGGCACACACAGGUUCAGGUACAUAUUUGGGGGGGGGGAUUGGGUUGGAGGAGAGGAGAGAGAAGAGGAGAUGGAGUCUCGGAUGACCGCUGAUGCUUGAAAAGCAUGUUUUGCUUGAGAUGAACCUAGGUGAGAGCUUGGCUCAAGAAUAGCUUUCCUGGAGCUCCAGCCGAGACCCCACGAGGAUUCUGCUGGGAGAAGAAAGCUCGUGAUUCCUCCUGAUUUCUCCCAAGUAUUCACACCCUGCCUUGAAUGUCAUUCAUGCCUAGUAGCAGCCCCGGCCUCCAGCUGCCCUUUGCUCAGAGGCUGGACUCUGACCAGCUGGGCACCUUUUGGCAAUGUACACACUUGUAGUGUAUGUACCUUUGGAAAGGAGUUGGAUCUUCUCCCAGAGUUUUUUUAAAAUCACUUUUAAGAGAUAAAUGAAUAAAACUUGGAAAUACCAAGUGGAGAGACAGAGAAGCGAUUCAUAGUAAGCAAUAAAUGAACCAGGGGACACUUGACCGAUGCAUCUUGAUCUUCUCUUCGAUUGCCUUCAAGAGCAAGACGUAGCUUGUUGGAAUGUCAAGUGGGUCGAGAAGGGCCUUGGAUGUCCUGCCGGUGGUCCCGUGGUUCCUUCACUCUGAGGUCUACUUCACGAGCCUCUCCUUGUUGGGUGGUUAUCUUGGGCCACUUGCUGGAUUCUCAUGAACCAUGUUAGAGUAUCGUAGAAGGAAAGCAUUUUCCCACAGAAACUUCCUACAGAAAUGAAAGUCAGGGUGGCACGACAAGGCUGUGCAUCAAGCAGCCAGCCUGGAAGAAGGAGCAUUUUUCCAAGACUGUUAACCUGUGUUCCAAUUGUGUUUUCCUACAUUGAAAAAAAAUGAUUAAAAAAAAUCUAGUGAGUGGAACUACAUGUUGCUGAUUAAUAUAAAAAUUCCUAUUGUUUUUUGACUUCAGAAAAAAUUAUUCUUGAAUCUAUUUAGAAGACAGUCUAUUUUUAACUCACUCCAGUUACUGCCAGUGUCAACUUCAUAACACUUGCCAAAAUGAAAUGGUUUUAUUUUUGCCUUUAUAAAAAUUUUGUUGGAAAAAAAGGAAAUGAAUAUUUUGCAAGAAAAAAAAGUUAAUUUAAAUAAAAGUGUAAUGGUUUGCAAAAAAAAAAGUGUAUGUACAGAUUAAAAUAUUAACCAGA